AAAAAGGCAUUUCUCUCAUCAGUUGUUACUCAUAUUGUUACUGUAGAAAUAGAGAGUGAGAGAGCGAUAUUUGUUGGCCACCCACCAAAUCAUAUUCACACAAUUCGCUUUCCUAAUUACCGGAGCUCAUUUAGCUGUCUCUAUAUUAGCUGUAUGGUUAUGAGAUUCCUUUGGAACUUUGUUCUGCCAGAAUCAUGCUCACCAUUUGAAAGAUAUAUCUGAUGAAGGAGUUCAACUGAUGGAUAUUUUUGGUUGAAAGAUAGCACUGAUACACUAUCAUCAAAAGCACAUAGUAUACGUUUGUGCAAAUAUAUGGAGAAAGAAAUGUCCAAUCAACCGGGUAUAGUAGGUAAAAACAUUCUCUCAUCUACUGAGGAUGCAGAACCUAAAACUGAUGGAGCAUGUCUUAAUGUAGACAAGGAAGCUGGCUCAGCAACUUGUCGUGUUUGUCAAUGCUUGGAACCGGAUAGAAGGGGAAAUAUUGCCCUGGGAUUCUUGGGUAUUUCUCCACCAGGAUGUGAUCUUAAAAAUGGGAAAGAGGAGGCUAAGUCUAAUUUGAAAGUCACCUCAGGGAAUAUUGAAAAUAAUUCAGUAUUUAAAAGAUCUGAGGUAGUUGAGUUUAUUAGCCCAACCGGGGAGGUUUUUCUCUGUACAGCUGAUGUAGAGCUAGGUCUUGAUGACAACCAGGACAGGUUAUUCGAUCUUGGCUGUGCUUGCAAAAACGAUCUUGCAUUAGCACAUUAUGCUUGUGCCCUUAAGUGGUUUAUCAGCCAUGGAUCAACUGUUUGUGAAAUAUGUGGAUCUAUUACGAAGAAUAUUAGACCUGAAGAUUACAAAAGGAUAUUAGGUUCUUUAAAAGAGUAUGAAUCGUUGAGAGAAAGAACUGUUAAUGGAGAACCUAAUCCUACAACACCCCAAACAAAUUAUGGUGUGGAUCCUGAUGCUGUUGCUGCAAUUCGAAGGCAGAGGUUAAGUGAAAUUUCAUUGUGGUUUAAUCCACAUAACAACAACUCUAUCACUGUUUCUCAUGUGGUCAGUGAGCAACCUUCAGCUUCAAAUACUGUCUUGGAAGAGGUUCCCCCUGUUGAAAAUACUGCUACAAAAUGGGCUGUAGAGACUACUGGGAUCCUGCUCGCUACAGGUCUACUGACUGUUACUCUUGCUUGGCUUCUCGCCCCGCAUGUGGGGAAGAAAACUGCCAAAAAUGGCCUGCAUAUUCUUCUUGGAGGAGUCUGUGCAUUGACUGUUGUAGUUUUCUUCCGAUUUUUUGUUCUAACAAGAAUCAAGUACGGGCCUGCUCGUUACUGGGCAAUCUUGUUUGUAUUCUGGUUUCUCGUGUUUGGGAUAUGGGCAUCACGAACACAUGGCUCUCAUGCCACAUGAGGCUUUGCUUCACUGGUGAAUAUAUGUUUUAAUCGUUUGUCUAUUUUCAUCUUAUGUAGCUACUACAAUCUGUUAUGAUAAUUCUUCUGUUGUAAUUUUUUUGCUUCCCAAAAUCAUUUGAGGAUGCAAUAGUAAUUUACAGUGAAACCAUGUUUUUUAUGAAGAUUUUGUUAAAAAGUU